GCCGGUCAUUGUCCGGCCCCGGUAUAUAAGCGGGGCUGAGGCCGGUCGUGUGCCAGGCUCACCGGCUCACACGAGCGGAUCCACAUGAGAAGAGGCGCGUGUCGAUCAUCAGCCAACUCCUCCAUCGCUCAGAUCCUCCAUCAUGGACUCCGUCUACUCCGACAUCGACAGCAACAGCUGCGACUUUUUCCCGCACACCGACGACGAGGACUCCGGCGGCAGCAGCAGCAGCAGCAGCCGCAGCCCUCUCUGCGCGUCCCCGGAGCCCGAGCAGCAGCAGCAGCCGCAGAAGAAGCGGCGCCGGGGACGCGCCCGCGGCGACGGCACCGUGCCGGUGGUGAGGAAGAACCGGCGCGUAAAGGCCAACGACCGGGAGCGGAACCGCAUGCACAACCUGAACGACGCGCUGGACACGCUGCGCGGCGUCCUGCCCGCGUUCCCCGACGAGACCAAGCUCACCAAGAUCGAGACGCUGCGCUUUGCGCACAACUACAUCUGGGCGCUGUCGGAGACGAUCCGCAUCGCGGACCUGCAGCCGGGGAAGAGCGGCGACGUCCCGCAGCUGCUGCUGAGCCUCGGCGGCGGAGCCCCGAGUCCCGGCAGCGACGCCUGCUCCUGGAGCUCCAGCGGCUCCUCGUCCUCCUCCUCCCCGGCGUACAGCGCCUCCAGCCCGGGCAGCCCCUCCGCGCCAGAGGACUGCGGCUUCCGGCAGCAGGAGGCGCUGUUCGGCUUCCGCAGCUUCGUGCCGGGCAUCUACUGAGGAGGCGACCGGCCGGAGGAGGACGCGUCCCGCCGCCGGAGGAGGACGCGUCCCGCCCCGCGGACUCAUGGAGACUCACGUGGACACUGAGAAUCACUUUCUGCCUUAACAGACUUCAUCUUCCUCCUCGUGUCUCUGACGGAUCGAACACGAGAGAAUAACUUAAUAACUUCUUCUUUGUUUUACAUCAUUUUUAUUUUGUGUUUCUACAGAACCUUUGCACUUUUUCCCUCCUCCUCUCCUCCUCAUCUCCUCCUCCUCUCCUCUCCUCCUCAUCUCCUCCUCCUCUCCUC